AUGAAAUGCGGUUUUUCAUUCACCGCCCACCCAAGUAGCCCCGCUGCGCGCUACCGUGGUCAGAUGAGUCAAACCCGGGAGACUGUGCGGCACCAAGAGGACGCUGUACCUCCGACCCAGUCCGAAGGGCGCAACUUGCUGUCCGCGCUACGGCAGCAUUCCCACUACUACCUCAACUCUGCCACCGUCUGGACCCGAAGAGCUGCGAGCAAGGUAGGAGGCUCCAACUUUGAAAAAGUUUCAGUUAAGUUUGUCAAUGAUGCGACAAACAUGAGUGACCUUUGA